GCGGACGAUACAAACCGCUCGCUUUCCGCGAAGAAGGGAAAUAAUAAAAUAAUAAAAUCAAUUCUCACGACAUUUCGGCCACAACGCAAGCAGCCGUCCUCAGGUGAAGAACAGGUCUGUCGGAAAGACAGCGUCUCUUGUUCACGUAUUUUCAGUAGGGGCGGAUCAGAAAUUUACAACAACAAACGAUACUAAAACGAUGGGAGUGAAAGGUAUAAGAAAGACCAGAAAGCCACCAGCUCAGAAAACUGUUCCCCGGGCAGCCUCUGCCCAACCUAAGAAAACAACACAAGAUGACCUCCUUGCAAUGGAGGAAAAUUACAAACGACUCAAUAAUGAGCUCGAGGCCAAGACAGCGGUGCUGGUGCAGCAGGCUGAGGCAGUGAUGAGAGAGCAACAAGAGCUUCUCUCCAAGCCUGUCCCUACAUAUUUGAGCUUUUCUGCAUACAGUGACAUUGGAGACAAUGAAAAUGACCAAACAGCGUUGAGUGGCAGGGUAUUUUCUUCAGGAUCAGUCUCUUUGCAGGACCAGCUGCCCCAAGCACCAAAGCCGGCAAUCAAAUCAAAGGGAGAAUCGAAAAUGACUAAACUUCAGAGACCAGUUUCAGCAACCAAAGGCAGGAAGCCAAUCAAAGUCAGAGCAAGGACACUCGAAUCCAAGAAUGCUGCAGAUGAUGUCGCUGUGCCUGAAGAUUUUACCAACUUCUCUUUGGCCAAAACCAUCAACAAAAUUGAGGGCACGCUCGGAGAUGAUUUGCUACCAGCUGAACCCGAUGAUGACAUCAUGCCCAGUGCAGCCAAUGAGAUGGGAGCAGAGGCACAAAUCCGCUUCUUGAAGGCCAAGCUGCGAGUGAUGCAGGAGGAGCUGGACAGACUCUCCAACCUUUGUGGAAAGAAGGACGACGAGCUGAGUGCGACGUCAGCACGGCUGAAAGAGGCGGACGAGGAGCGAGCGAGGCUACAGCGCUCUUCCCAGAUUUACCAGGCGCACGCCGACAAGUUCCGUGCCCUCUCCGACGAGCAGGCCCGCCGCGCCGAUGCCCUGGACGCACAGCUUUCCUCCAUCAACAAGGAGUUGGAAGCGCUGAAGCGGACUCAGAAGCAGGCUUCCUCGGCUCAGGGAGCAGCUGAGGUGCGACUAAACCGAGCACUGGAGGAGGCAGAGCGACAUAAAGCAGAGCUCACUCGGCUGCAGCAAGCCAGUAAGGACUCUGGUGAGCAGGCACGGGCUCGCAUCGAACAAUUAAGUGCUGAAAGCAAGCGUCUGGAGAAACAGAAAAUUGAGCUGAUUGCAGGAUAUAAAAAACAGAUGAAGCUCAUUGACAUUCUAAAACGCCAAAAGAUGCACGUUGAAGCCGCCAAGUUACUUUCCUUUACAGAAGAGGAGUUCAUGAAAGCUCUCGAUUGGCGCAGCUGAGUGUGGAGUACAUGCCCCCAACGCGGAAAGUUACGGCUUCAAAUUCUGGCUGCUUUGAGCUGUAUGAUUCUACUACUGUAUUCCUUUGCACUGAGAAACAUUUUAGCUUUGCUGCUGUAAAAGUCGCCGAAGGACAGACAAUCGAAUCGAUAUACUUUCCAAAGUAGCAUCAGAAUGUUAACAUUGUACAUCAUGGUUGUGUAUGUACUUCGUGCACAUUUUUUGUUAUCUACUAUCACAAGAAACUUUUUUAACGAUGUAAAAUUGAAGUGAUUUUAAAUAUUGACAAAAUAACGAAGUUGCUUUUAUUUAUGGAAAGUUGGAUUAA